AAAAGUGGUUUACAGAUGGGCGCAAAGGAAGUAUCCGAUGAUCCAACACAUCCGGACACAGCGGAGACGGUCCAUAUUUCAGCACUAGCACUUCUGAAAAUGUUAAGACACGCAAGAAGUGGGGUUCCAUUAGAGGUGAUGGGUCUAAUGUUAGGUACCUUUGUCGAUGACUACACGAUCAAUGUCGUGGAUGUUUUUGCUAUGCCACAAAGUGGAACUAGUGUUACUGUUGAGUCCGUGGAUCCUGUCUAUCAGACGAGGCACUUGGAUCUAUUGAAACAAACCGGACGCGUAGAGAUGGUGGUUGGAUGGUACCACUCACAUCCAGGAUUUGGAUGUUGGUUAUCUAGCGUUGACGUGAGCACUCAGCAGUCCUUCGAAGCCCUUCAUCCGAGAGCUAUCGCUCUGGUGGUCAUGUUGGACGCCUUUCGUUCAAUUAAUCCAUUAGCAGUGAAUCCUCGACUCUGUGCUCCAACUGCCGAAGCUCGUCAGACCACCAGCAACAUGGGUCAUCUAGUAAGGCCCAGUUUGGUGUCCACAGUUCAUGGGUUAGGAUUGAGAUAUUACUCACUGAAUUGUGCUUAUAAAUUAACCACGCGAGAACAAAAGAUGCUCUCCCGUCUUAAUCAGAAGACAUGGCUUGAUGGAAUGGUCUGUUUCGCCUUUUCUAUUGACGAUUCUGACUUGGAACGCAAUGCACUUUUAGUAACUAUGAAAUAUGCACCAUCUCAGAACAUCAACAAAUUCUCGUCCUGUGAGCAGGCGAACAGCGAUCACAUACAAGAGAUGCUAAAGCUCACCAAUCUUUUUGUAAAGGUCAGUCGUUUUACUCCUCAGAGGAUAUUGUUUACUAAUGCUAACAACCAGGAACUAUUUAAGGAUCUCCAUUCGGAGAAGUCAGCUAACACUAAUGAGCAACGGGUAAAAAGAUACGGUCGCCUAAAUGCCAAACAAAAACUGGAGCAGGUGAGAACUUGUUGUCACCAAGUAACCAAUUACUGUCUGUAA